CCCCCUGUUCAUUAGUAUGCUGCAUUUGAACGGAGGCAGACAGGAGAGGAGAUCAGUGACCGGUCACAAAUGACUUCACAAUUAAUAUGAGGAGAUUAUAAAACCAAGGACCUUAAACCUCUGGAUCCCCCCGCACUGGAUAAUUUCUUUUAUUGAGUCGUUUCGGAGUAAUUAUUUCUCUUUAAGGUUGAUCUUUUGCCAGUAACGGUCCUUUCUUCCCCCACACCCCAGCUAUCAUUAAAACCAUACCUGGCACAGGUCUCAUGUAGUCUGCCUUUUCUCGCUUCUGCAGAUUGCGAGCUACACCAGCGGACCCUCGGAUAGAGAAUACCUCUUAGCUAUACAAAAAAAUGUGAUUCCUUGCGCUUCCCAUGAGGUAGCCAAGCCCAGUCGUUGGCAUCUGAAACAGCUGGGUCGUGUCGAGAAGAUUGUGGAUUAACGUUUUUUUUCUUCCCCCCCCACCUCUUUUACCCGAAUAUCUCCAAGAAACCCCGGACGUCUGUUUUACAGUGGCUGCCAGCCAAAAUGAGCGUCGAUUUAAUUGUAUCAGCUACAUGAGUGGAGCCUAAACAAACGCAUCUUUCUCCCAAAGAGCGCACUGGUGUUUUUCUUUUUUCCAUAUCUGCUGAAAUAAACGGCGCCAGUUGCCCUGGAAAAUAUGGAAAGUGAGGUUUUCACCCCUUUGCUGGAGCAGUUCAUGCUCACGCCUCUAGUCUGCUGGGUGAAGACAGUCGGGCAGCCGACGGUGACCGACGGCACCAAAUUAUCGGAAUAUAUUGAAUUAGUGGAUGGGAUUUACCUGAACGAGAUCAUGCUUGAGAUAAAUCCUAAGGCCACUGUGCAGAGGACCAACAAGAAAGUGAACAAUGACCCCACGCUGCGCAUCCAGAAUCUUUCUAUUCUCAUCAGGCAGAUUAAAGCCUACUAUCAGGAGAUUCUCCAGCAGCUGGUGAUGAUGCCUUUGCCAAAUGUGCUGGUACUGGGCCGCAACCCUCUGUCUGAGCAAGGUCUGGAGGAGAUGAAAAAACUGUUACUGCUGCUACUAGGCUGUGCUGUCCAGUGUGAGAAGAAGGAAGAGUACAUUGAGCGUAUCCAGACUCUGGAUUUUGACACCAAAGCUGCCAUCGCAUCCCACAUCCAAGAGGUGACUCAUAAUCCGGAGAAUGUAGUGGACCUGCAGUGGUUGGAAAGUGGGGAAAUGCCCCCUGAGGACCUGGACAGCCUCUCCAGAAACCUGGCUUUCCACCUCAAACAACUGGUGGAUGAGAGGGACACACAGCUGGAGACUAUAGUGGAGUUAACCCAGGAGAGAGACUGUGUGCAGCUGUCUCCACUGGCUCCUUGUCCCACCCAGUCUCCCGGUGACUCCCCCAGUAUGAGGAGGACCGAAAGCAGGCAACACCUUUCUGUGGAGUUGGCUGAUGCCAAGGCCAAGAUCAGACGCCUUCGACAGGAACUAGAGGAGAAGAGUGAGCAGCUUUUGGACACCAGGCAGGAGCUUGAGAACAUUGAAGUAGAGCUCAAAAGGCUUCAGCAAGAGAGCUACCAGUUGCUGACGGACGCUCGCUCAGCUCGGGCCUACCGUGACGAGCUGGACGCGCUGAGAGAGAAAGCAAUCCGUGUCGACAAACUGGAGAGCGAGCUGAGUCGAUACAAGGAGAGACUUCACGACAUUGAGUUUUACAAAGCCAGAGUCGAGGAGCUGAAGGAGGACAACCAGAUCCUUUUGGAAACCAAGGCCAUGUUGGAGGAGCAGCUGGAUGCUAGCCGGACCCGGUCUGACAAACUGCACCUCUUGGAGAAAGAGAAUCUGCAAGUUAAAUCCAAGAUUCAUGACCUGGAGAUGGAGCGGGACAUGGACCGUAAGCGCAUGGAAGAGCUGUUGGAGGAGAACCUUGUGCUUGAGAUGGCCCAGAAACAGAGCAUGGACGAGUCCCUGCACCUGGGCUGGGAACUGGAGCAACUAUCUAAGACACCAGAACUGACAGAAGCCCCUCAGAAGUCUUUGGGAGAAGAAGUAAAUGAGCUGACCUCGAGCCGCCUGUUGAAGCUGGAGAAAGACAACCAGACCCUGCUGAAGACUGUGGAGGAACUUAGAGGAGCAGCUGGUCAGGACACUGUGGCAAAACUGGCCAAAGCCAGUCAGGAAAACCAGAGACUGAACCAGAAAUUGGAGCAGUUGGAGAGUGAACUGGCAGCAGACAGAGAGUCACUCCGCAGCGCUGAGUCACUCAGUACUGACUUGAUGAAAGAGAAGGCUUUACUGGAGAAGACUCUGGAAACACUCAGAGAAAACUCUGAGAGACAGAUGAAGGGUCUGGAGCAGGAGAACAAGCACCUGGGCCAGACGGUGUCGUCUCUGCGUCAACGCUGCCAGGUUGGUGCUGAGGCCCGGGUCAAGGAUGUGGAGAAAGAGAAUCGCAUUUUGCACGAAUCAAUCUGCGAGACAACCGCCAAACUCAAUAAGAUGGAGUUUGAAAGGAAACAACUACGCAAAGAGCUUGAAGUAAUGAAGGAGAGAGGAGAGAGAGCAGAGGAGUUGGAGAUUCAGAUCCAGAAGCUGCAAAGAGACAACGAGAGCCUGCAGAAGAAAGUUGCCAGUCUUGGGAUCACCUGUGAAAAGGUGUCUUCUUUAGAGAAGGAGAACACUGAGCUGGAGGCAGAAGGCCGUCGUCUGAAGAAGAAGCUGGAUGCUCUGAAGAACAUGGCCUUCCAGCUGGAGGCUCUGGAAAAGGAGAACUCCCAGCUGGAGCAGGAGAACCUGCAGCUUCGGCGCUCGGCCGAGAGCCUCCGGUCAGCAGGGGCUAAGGCCGCUCAGCUGGAAGCAGAGAACAGGGAGCUGGAGAGUGAGAGGAGUCAGAUGAAGCGCAGCCUGGAACUGCUCAAAGCCUCGUCCAAGAAGACGGAGAGAUUGGAGAUGAGUUACCAGGGCCUAGAUACAGAGAACCAGCGCCUGCAGAAGGCCUUAGAGAACAGCAGCAAGAAGAUCCAGCAGUUGGAGGCAGAGGUGCAAGAGGUGGAGACGGAGAAUCAAACUCUACAACGCAACCUGGAGGAGCUCAAGAUCUCCAGUAAACGCCUGGAGCAGCUGGAGCAGGAGAACAAGACUCUGGAGCAGGAAAGCUCCCAGCUAGAAAAAGACAAGAAGCUUCUGGAGAAGGAGAACAAGCGGCUGAGGCAACAGGCCGAAAUCCGUGACUCCAAGCUGGAUGACAACAACCAGCGGAUCUCCACCUUAGAGAAAGAGAAUCGAACCAUGGGCAAGGAGAUGAUCUUCUUCAGGGACUCCUGCACAAGGGUCAAAGACCUGGAGAGAGAGAACAAGGAGCUGGUCAAACAGUCGACCAUUGAUAAGAAGACCCUCAUCACACUCAGAGAGGAGCUUGUGAGUGAGAAGCUGCGGACUCAGCAGAUGAAUAAUGAUCUGGAGAAAUUGACCCAUGAGCUGGAGAAGAUUGGACUGAAUAAGGAAAGGCUGCUGCACGAUGAGAGCUCUGACGACAGGUUUAGACUCCUGGAAACCAAACUGGAGUCGACACUGAAAUCAUCUUUGGAGAUUAAAGAGGAGAAGAUCGCCGCCCUGGAGGCCAGACUGCAAGAGUCCUCAAACCUCAACCAGCAACUUCGCCAGGAGCUCAAAACGGUAAAGAAAAACUACGAGGCACUGCGUCAGAGGGAGGAGGAGGAGAGGAUGGUGCAGAGCUCGCCCCCUAGAGGAGGGGAGGACCCUCAAGCUGUCAACAAAUGGGAGAAGGAGAGUCAUGAAACCACCAGGGAACUACUGAAAGUUAAAGACAGACUCAUUGAGGUGGAGAGGAAUAAUGCCACGCUGCAGGCUGAGAAGGCGGCCCUGAGGAGCCAGCUCAAACAACUGGAAACUCAAAGCUGCAACCUGCAGGCUCAGAUAGUGGCCGUGCAGAGGCAGACUGCUUCUUUACAGGAGAACAAUACAACACUACAGACGCAGAACGCCAAGCUCCAGGUGGAAAACUCCACUCUGAGUUCACAGAGCGCAGCCCUCAUGGCCCAGAACGCCCAGCUGCAGACCCAGCAGAGCAGCGUGGAAGGAGAGCGCGAGGGAGCUCUGAAGGAGAAAGAGGAGCUAAGGGCCACCUAUGAGCUGCUCCUCCGUGAUCACGAGAAGCUGGCGGCGCUCCACGAGAGGCAGGCAGUCGAGUAUGAAGCCUUGAUCGGAAAACACGGGGGCCUGAAGUCCUCCCACAAGAGCCUGGAGCAGCAGCACAGGGACCUGGAGGACAAGUACAAGCAGCUCCUGCAGAGGAAGGGGGAGCUGGAAGAGCUGGAGAAAAAUCUGAAGGAGCAGCAGGAAAAAAUGGUGCUGGAGAACCAAUCGCAUCAAGCCACAGCUGACCAAUGCAAGCUACUCAAAGAGGAAAAUGAUAGACUGAAUACUACCUAUCGUCAGCUGGUGAAGGACAACGACAAUCUCCAGGUGGACCAUAAGAAUGUAAAGAGCCAGCUGAACAAUGCCAAGCUGGACCAGACCAAGCUGGAGGCUGAAUUCUCUAAACUGAAGGAGCAGUACCAGCAGCUGGACAUCACCUCUACCAAGCUCACCAACCAGUGUGAGUUGUUGAGCCAGCUGAAAGGAAACCUGGAGGAGGAGAAUCGUCACCUGUUGGACCAGAUCCAGACUCUGAUGCUGCAGAAUCGCACGCUGCUGGAGCAGACCAUGGAAAGCAAGGACCUGUUCCACGUAGAGCAAAGACAAUACAUAGAUAAGCUGAAUGAGCUGAGGAGACAGAAGGAGAAGCUGGAGGAGAAGAUCAUGGACCAGUACAAGUUCUACGACCCCUCACCUCCUCGCAGGCGCGGCAACUGGAUCACUUUGAAGAUGAAGAAGUUGAUCAAGCCGAAGAGCCGGGAGAGGAUGCGCUCUCUCACGCUGACUCCCUCUCGUUCAGAGUACGGCGACGGGUUCCUAACCUUUCCCCAGGACAGCCAGGACAGCUCGUCCAUCGGCUCUGGCUCCAACUCGCUGGAUGACACACUUACACAAAAGAGGAGCAGCAGGAGGAGAGGGCAGCAGUCCCAUGCCCAAGGGCAGGGUUCCACCAAUGCUAUAAAAAGGUUGCCUUUCAUGAGGAACAGAUCCAAGGACAAAGACAAGGCCAAGGCCAUCUACCGCCGCUCCAUGUCAAUGAAUGACUUGCUGCAGACCAUGGCGAUAGCGGGCGGUCCCGGGGCUCAGUGGGCGAGCAGCAUCGAGAACCUAGAUGGCGUCGAGGCUGGAGAGGGCAGAGGCAGGCGCAGCGGGCAGCGCAUGAAGGAGCUUGCCUUUUCCACCAACGCCAUUGACUGUGCUGCCCUCACCCUGCCCACUGCAGGGCACAGCAGGGCCAAGCUCCGGCUUCAGGUCAAAGAUAAUGCUUCCUGUGAGGAUGUCGCCGGCUCCUUAGAUGACCCUAAGAGUCAAGGCCUGCAGGUGUAUAGCAGUGCUCUGGCUCUGUGUCCUUCUCCUGUUGAGCUGAGCGUUGCAUGCAGAGUGCCCUGUAACAUUUGUACCUCCAGACCCUCCAGUCUCCAUAGCAACAGGACCAUCAGUAGUAAUAGUAACAAUAACUCCCACCUCACUUCUCCUCUGGAGGUUAAAGGCACGUUGAACGGCAGCCUCAGCAGGCCUCACAGCGAGAGCAGCGGCGAGUUCAGCCUGAGUUUGGACCAGGAAGUGUGGUCUAGCAGCGGCAGCAGCCCCGUCCAGCAGCCCACCUCCUCUCGCUCCUCCCACCAGAGCCCCCUGCAGCUGCGCAGGUCCCUUGACCCGUCCACCGCCGCAGGCAUCCCCGGCCAGACCCAGAUCAGGAGCAGCGAGGUGCUUUCCCUGCAGCAGUUCCUGGAUGAGGGUAUUGAUCCCGCAGAGUCUGGCAGUCAGGAAAACCUCACUGUAGACUCUCCUCGCCUCUCCACUUCUUCCGAGCAUGUGCAGAAAGAACGCACUUCCACAAAGGGCCGGGGCAUUUUGCGCUCCGCCAGUGGGAAAGCGGCCCCGGUCAGCUCUGAUCGCCCGCCUAGAUCCGCUGGACAGCCGGGUCGCCCGACCCUGCGUAAGGCGGAGAGCACCCGUGUGAGGGGCUCCGUCCCGCUCCGCUCCAGCCUGUCCUCGCAGGGCAAAGCCACAUCCGUCUCCGAACGCCUGGACUCUUCCUCUUCCACGCUGCCCCGGGCCAGCAGCGUCAUCUCCACCGCCGAGGGCACCACGCGGCGCACCAGCAUCCACGACCUGCUCUCAAAGGACAACCGGCAGCCCGUGUCGGUCGACGUUGCUCCUCCCGUCGCAUCCACCAAGGCUGGGAUACGCUCCCAGCCUACACCCAGUGAGUACCACCCAAACAGCACCAACCUAAAGGCACCCCUUACCACCACCACCCUGCCCAAGUCACUCAGCUUACCUUGCCAUAGCUUGGAAGAUCCUGACCUCUCCACCCUCGAGUCGUUCCUCGGCCCUUCCUUCACUGUAGAGUCUGUGUUCAUGGACUCAAUCUUUAGUGAGUCAGCGAGCAAAAACCUACCCUUCCUGUCUUUAAACCCCACACUAGUCAGCAACAUCAGCGGGCCUCCUGUUACAAAUAAAACGCACCCUCCUCCUAUCCCGACCCACAUUUCCACCCAAAACCAGGCCCCUCACAGCCAAUCAAACGGCCAGACAAGCCCAGCCAGUCUGAAAGAGAAUAACGAGGGCGUUGAUCCCAAUCGUGUGAAUAAUUCGGACCAGUCACUGAGCCCGGAGGAGAACCAGUCUCUGUGGUAUGAGUAUGGGUGUGUGUGAAAGACGGAGAGGCUCUGGCUUGCUGAUCUUUUCUGCCAGACGUGACUUAAAGAGGGGAGAAAAACGGGAUGAAUGCCAAAUCCUCCUCCUCUGCAUGUAUUUAUCAGAGCACUAUCUAUCCCUGUGUGGUGUAUUUGUUUCAUUCUUUUCUGUUUGCCAUGGUGCCGAUCGGUGAAACGCUGUUGUUUUUUGUUUUUUGUUUAUUUUUCUGUUCUUUUCUCUGAGGUGGGACUUUGAUGAAUGUUCUUCCGUCCAGCAGCCUUUUACCAUUAUUAUUGUUUCCUCAUCAAAUCUGUUUCACUGGCUAACAUUAUACUAUUAUCUGCAAUGUGGGGUUUAUGCAUCACAGGCUUAAUAUUUCUGUUUAUAGCUUGAAUCGUAAAUUAGCAGCGAGUAGAAAUGUUUGAGAUUCAUCGGUCACCAGGAUCCAUUAAAAAAAGCAUUAAUUGUGGGACAGAUCUCGUAGCAGCAAUUUCUUAAUUACAAAUCCAAAUUAAAAAGGUUUAAUGUAUCAGAUAAUAGAUUCACUUUCCACUCUCUGUGUAUUUUGAUGUUUCAGUGUAUGGGGGAGUUUUCACUGCUUUUAACUCAGUUGCAUCAUCCACUAAAUUGCACGGCUUUGUUCUGUCGGACCUGAAACACUCAUUUUGAUUGCUGUGAUCAAAAUGGUCAUCAUGUUUAUCUUUAUCCAUUAUUUUUAUGGUGUGUACUGUUUGUUUUUGUACAUUUGACACCUUUUCUGUGUUUUCUUUUCUGUAUAUUAACUGGGGGAUUUGCUCUGGUGGGUCUUAACAGACCUCUUGGGCUGGUGACAAAAUGAUGAAGCUUCAUUCCUAAAACGAUCUGAGGGGAAGGUGCAGUUGGUUAAGUGAAAGUUGACAGUGAAGGUAGUGGAGGAUGAUAGCCCUUGAUGGAGUUAGUAAAACAGGAAGUAGUAAGUUGAGAAUAGUUUUCAGUGGUCAGACUGUUUUGUGAAUGAAGCCAACAUCAUUCCUUUUGGUAUCUGGAAACUUUUAUUUACUCACCCUGACGCACCAUAACUUGAAAGUGGAUAAUAUUUGAUUAAGUAAUUUAGACUGAUAAGAUCUUGUACAGAUUGUUGUAAUCAUUAAGUUAUAAUCAAAGACGAGCACUGCUUUAUGUGCCAAUACUAACAGUACUGUCUGCCUCUAGAUCCUUAUUUAUUUCUGCUUUUAUACUUGCUGUUUUGAAGUUGCUUAAUUGUAUUUAUCCUAAUCUACAGCAUAUGCAGGUAUAAAGUAAAUGAAAAUUGUCACUGACUACAGAUGUAACAUAAACAUUGCCUUUGUCCUACAGAUGUGGAGGGCAGAAAGUCUAAAAGCAGGAGCGGGGAGCCGCAGCAAAGCUGCUAAACCCCGCCCCACCACCCUCGUCUGUCUGCUACCAUGCUGUGAGCGCGUGGUGAGUGAGUGCUGCUCGAGCGGGAGGAAUAGGGAUUGGGGUGGGGUUGGGGGGUUCGGUCUUGUCUCCAUGGGAACCUAAAACAUGGUGUAACAGAUGUCGUCCAUCCUGUCGUGCACUUGCUUCCCCUGCUUCUGUAAGCCUCCUACCCCCUUCCUCACUGUACUGUUUGUUGCCCCACCGUCCCUGUGGUGCCAAACGCCUGUUCAGAGUCUGAUGGGACCCUGGUUUGCAUGGCAUAUGGGCCGUUUUACCGCUUUGCUCUCAGUGGACGAACAUGUUGCCUGUUUGUGUCCCCAAAUCACCCAACAAGAGGAGUUCUACAACUCCGGCGCCUCAGCGUAUCCCUCCUCCAUGAUGCUUCUUGUGUUGUUGGUUAAGGUGACUGCUGAGUGUUUCCCGCUGGUGGACAAAAAAUAGGCCCUUUUGCUGUUUUCAGGAUGCUUGUAGUUGCUGCAUGGCUUCAGUGUAGCGCUGAAAUCCUUCCCCCUUCUUGUUCCCUUGACAAUGCAUGUAAAUCCAGGCUGGCUGCUUCCUUCGGUCUUCCCUUAUAUAUCACUGUCUACUGAAACAGUUUCUGACUUUUAACUGUCUUUUUUCUCUCUUUUUCUAUUUUCUGUGUUGUGUUCUCUUUUUGUUUCUUUCAACUUUGCCUCUUUAUUUUCUAAUCUGUCUCCUUCUCUUUCUUUUCUUGCUCUUUCCACUCCUCUUUGCUUGCCUGGGACUCAGAGAGAAAGGUGGCCUUGGAGCUGUGUGUCUGAAGCCUAGUAGAGUUAAUCUGCUGAGACCGUCUACAGUGAGAAAAGAUUGUAUAUCCCAGUUUCCUUUUUCUUCCCUUUUUUUUGUUUCAAACCCAGGACACUUCAGUAGAGAAAAGUGGCUUCCUUCUCUGUUUUGUUUUUCUUCCUUGAAUCAAGGAAAACAGAAAAAUAUUAGAAAAUGUUGCUGUGACAGUUUUUUUUUUUUAUAUAAAGACUAAAGCUGUGGCAGAUUGCACUGCCAUGUUUCCUUCAGUGUGACGGACUGCUAGAUGUGCACUAGUCUCUACAGGCUAAAAUUAAAGUGCCAAUGUUCACACGACAGCCAAAAGGGAGAUCUCAAAUCAGACUGAUGACACCAUUUUGGUUCUUUUGUGCAACUUUAAAGUCAGCCGGACCUUCUUCUGCCCAACGCCAUGAUCAAAAAAAAGUCUUUUUGUAAAUGGGCAGCAUGCACAAGCAAAGACGACAUUCAGGCUCGAACAAAACAUUUUUCAAAGCAUGUCGGCACCAAACAUUUCCAACUCAACCUGCUAUCAGACUGAAGAAUCACAAUCUGCAUGGAGCAAUCAAUCAGCCAAUCACCCCACUUCCUUUUAUCCAAUCAAAGAGGGAGGACAGAGUUCAGUGGGGAUUUUUCUUGCCAGGAUGCCAAAUGGACUUGGACAUGAGCCAUGACAGCUGUGUGAUUGGCGUCUGGUGCGUGCCAAUCGUGAGUGAAGGUUGUGUUAUCUGAGAGUGAGAGACUAAUCAUGGGAGUGUUCCAGGUCACCUAUAUGAAGGUUGGCAGCCCCCCCCUUCCCCCCGAAACAAAGCCUACACACUGUUCUUAUCUUAAAAAAUAUAUCAUCGUUGAUCUCAUUUAUUGCUUCCCAUCCUCCUCUGAAAUGGAAAAUAACAGUAAAAGCACAGUUCAUUAACAUCAUACCAUCACAGUUUUGUGUAUGUAUGUUCUGAGAAGGCACUCAGUAAGGAACUGUUUAUAAAUAUGACUUGAGUAUAGGUGACCUGUAAUCUGCCCAGUGCAUACAGAACAUGUGCAGAUUUCUGUUGCUGUGUUGAACAUGAUGGUGAUGAUGAGACCCAUUGUUUUCUUCCUUUUCCACUUUUACAUAAAUCCAUUUGAUGUAAUUAAAAUUCAUCAAGACUACAAGUGUUUGUGUUUUAUGCAAAGAUGCGGUUCUUCUUUCACAGAGUCUGCCUUGUUGAAUUGCCAUGUUUUCUACAGUAGCCCAGAAUGGUCAAACAACACACUGGCUCUAGAUAUGGCCUUUAGCAUUUUUUCGCAGCCAGUGUAGUUUCUGCUACACGUUUGGAAGACGAGUGGUAUUCAGUUAGUGACAAUCAGCAAUUUCACUGUUAAAUGCCACAAAAUCCUACACACUGGUUCUUUAAGAGGUCUUUCUAAUAUUCUGGUCCCCUCCUGUAUGAAAAUGGACAAACAUCCUAUUUAAAGUGGAGUACUUUGGGUACUCCACCACUUUAGCAUUGCACUCUAUAACAUUAUCAGACUUACAAUGAGCCGGUUCUUUAAAUAAAAUGAUCAAAAUCUA